AUGGCAGAUACCGCUCACCGGAAAGGUUCACUAGGCCUAGGGUUCUUAAACCCUUUCAAAGGCAGCAGGCCAUCAAGUCGAUCCAGCUCAAGAGCCGGAUCUAUUUCCGACUUCGAUGUCGAUGACUUCAAGGCUGACCGAAAGACUGCCUUCUCAUCAACCAACAAGCUACGGAAAGGCUCGGCUCCGCCUACAUUGAGUAAAGGAUCCUAUACUAGUCCGAAGACCAGCCUUGAGCAGUCUCGAUCCAGAGCGUCAGGUCAUAGUUCUCUAUCCACGAGCAGAACCACUGCUGAGUGGGACCAGGACAAGGAAACUGGUGAGAGAAAGGACUACACUGAGAUGCUUCAUAGUUUAGCACACCGCGACUCAGCCGAGUCGUUGGUGGAAAAAACUCAGGCCCUGUUUGCUGGUAUUCCCGAGCAACCGGCCCCAGAAUUCUUCGCUAGGCUUCCCCCAAAGGUAUGGUCACAAACGAUCGACAAUAUCAACGUUCCAGAUACUGCGAGCCUGGCAUUCUCGUGCAAGCCGUUCAGAGAUUUGAUCGGUGCAGAUUCCUGGACCAAGCUCAAAGGCAAGGAAAGUUAUCAUGAUCGAAUAGAUUUCCUGAGCCGGCUCGACAAGGAUUUGCCAGAUCACCUUCUAUGUUUUCCUUGUGCUGUUUAUCAUUUGCGGACCCAGAAAGGGAAGGAGGACUUACGACCUACAAACGUUUCAAACCCAAUUUUUAACUGUCCAAAUGUUUUCAACACAGAAAAGAAGAUGUCUCGAACUAGAAUUACAGUUGGACGGACCUUGCCAUUUCCAUUUGUUCAACUCGUUCUCCGUGCUAAGAAGUUCUCCCCCGAUCAUGGCAUACCACUUAGUAGACUGUCACGCCGGUGGAAGGAUCGCGAUGGAGAGUGGACUCAUACAACACAAUAUGCGAUAGUUGAUGGCCAUCUCCUUCUCCGGGUUAUCAGUUGGGCUUUUGCAACGCCCGAGCUACCACCAGCAGGAUUGCGAAAACUCCUAUAUUCUCCAGCCGACAAUUUUGCACCGUGGUUCUCCGUUUGUGAUCACUGGAGAGAUGGCAACCUGAUGCCCUCUGUCAAGUGUGCGCUUGGCCAUCAGAUUAAGCCACCGGAGGGAAGUGGCGUGGCUGGUGCUGCUGCCAAAGUCAACUACAGAUUACAUCGACCCCAUCCGAUUGUCACUUUAUGCUCCAACUGCAAACCCAUGAGGAGAUGUCCUGAAUGUCCUUCAGAGUACCUCAUCGAAAUGCGAAUGCAGGAGGAUAAAACUGAUCCUACGCAAUUAUUCAAACAAGCAAUUGUCUUGACGAGAUGGUCUGAUUUGGGUGAUGGCUCGACCCCCGAGUCUCCUGAGUGGGCGGCAGUCAGAGGGGAUGCCAGCUUCGACUCGUUCACUGCACUAGGCAGACGCGCCAUUUCUGGUAUUUUCGAGUCGCAGUUCACUGUUGAACAAAUCCCACCACAACGAAUUGUGUCCAUGAACCCCAAUAAAGACCACCUUGGUGAAGCGGGCCAUAAUUGGUAUUGA